AUGGAGCUGCCCCGGGCGCCCUGCAGAGCUUGGGACGUUUGUCUCCUCAAAGCUUUGCUGGCUGAGUUUAUGGGCACCGGGAUCUUUCUCUUCGCCGGCUUGGCCUCCAUCACUCCUUGGACUCAGCCUGCAGUUGACCCAGGGAAUCCAGGCAUCACUGCCCAGAGCCAGUCCUCCGGGGCUGGUUCUGAGCCGAGCGGUACCGUGUCCUCAGCCGUUGCUGCCACCCCCAGCCUGGGGGACGUGGGGACGCAGGCUUCUUGCAGCUUGGCCUCCCCCAACCCGCUCCACGUGUCGCUGGCCUUCGGGAGCUCGGUGGCUCUCAUGUCCUACUGUGCCUUGCCCCUGAGCGGCGGCCACCUGAACCCGGCAGUGACCGUCUCCAUGCUGGUGGCUGGGAAAGUGAGGCCAGCCUGGGCCGUGUGCUACAUCCUGGCACAGCUGCUCGGGGGCAUCGCCGCCUCGGCUGCCCUCUACGGGCUGACUCCAGAACACGCCCGGGGGCAGAUGGGUGUCAACAAGCUGGCUCCGGGGGUCUCGCUCCUGCAAGCCCUCGGCAUAGAGGUGAUCGUCUCCUUCCAGCUGGUCCUCUGCAUCCUCGCCACGUCCGGGAGCAAGAGAGACCCUUCCAAGGGUGGGCACCUGGUCAUCGGGCUCUCUGUCAUGCUGGGGCACCUGGUUGCAAUCGGUUACACCGGAUGCAGCAUGAAUCCCGCCCGGUCACUGGGCCCCGCUUUGAUUACUUUUGAAUUUGCGAAUCACUGGGUUUUCUGGCUGGGCCCGCUUGGCGGGGCUCUGGCCGCGGCCGUUCUCGACGAGCUGGUGCUGGCCCCGACAGGCAGCGGUUUCCGCCAGCGGCUGACCAGGCUGCAGGAGGGACCAAAGGCUGAGCACAAGCUGCAAUCCAAGGCUGAGAGCACCCCCCAAGAGAUGGGAUUGAGCGAGGCGCCCUGAGGAGCAAGGGCCGGGAUGUACCACGAACAAUGCAGUCUCGUGGCUGGGGACUGAUGGACCAUGGGAAGCGUCCAGGAUGCUCCCUGUCGCUGCCCCUGUGCUCAGAGCUGGGAUAUUUACUAGGUUUAGAUCACUGGGGGCAUAUUUCUUUUGUUGUCCUCUGAAACCCAGGGUGGAAAUGGUUUGAUUUUUUCAUGCCCUUCCCAGUUUGCUGCCCAGAUUUCCCCCAAACCCAGCGAAUUUUCCCAGCUCUUGCUCUUACUGAACUGGGGGUGUGCGCCCGUUACUUUGCUUUGCCAGUGAACAUGCUGAUAUCGCUCCUCCUGGGAAUCCCGACUUGCAUUGUGCCCAUUAUCAGAGGG